UUUUCUGUUGUUCUAUACGUCAUCGUAGUCCGUUGCGCGGAUGUCUACCGUUAAAAGAAUGAGCCAAAUACAAAGCACUCCCGUUCCUUCAACCCUCAACCCAACCAUCAUCCACCAUCACCUGAAUUACCAUGGGAGCUGAAUACAUCAUCUUUGGUCGCGCCAUCCCUACAUACCAGUUGGCCAUAGCCACCUACGCCCUUGUCGGUGUCCCACUCGCCGCCAAGAAGCUGACCGCUAAGAAGGAGGUCCCCACCAAUGUCAUCCCCGCCUCUUCCCAGGACGAGGAGGCUUUCAUCCGCGAGUUCAUCAAGGCCGCUGAGGAGGACCAGCCCAAGAACGUGUAAACGCAGAUCAGAGCAUUAAUCUCUUGCACAAUCUUCCUGUACCUUUCUCUUUGCCUCUUAACCCACCUCCCCUCCACUCCAUACACUUUCCUUGCCAUGCAAAUAAAAAAGCAGCUGCGAUGCAGUUUUCUGAAUAUCAAUGCCGCCAA